AUGGACGUCGUCCGCGCGCACGCGGCGUCGCUGUCGAGAGAUAUGUCCCCCGCGCGAUCGUCUCGCGCCCUGCGCGCGCUCGUGCGCGCGGACGCGGUGCGAGGGGAGGAUGUGGAACGGAAUCCGGAAUUGUUCUUCGCCGCGCACCGCGCGAUGGCGCUGCGAGCGAACGACCUGGGGCCUGGAUUCUGGAUCCGGUUCACCGUGCACUAUAACCUGUGCGCGGGCACGGUCGUCGCCCUCGGGUCGCGCGCGCAGCGGGCGCGAUUGCGAGGGAUGGCGACGCGCGGGGAGUUGGGGUGUUUCGCGCUCACGGAACGCCUGGCGGGCGUGAACAGCGGGUUGGUGGUGCGGACGACGGCGGAUUGGGAUCACGCGCGGAAGGUUUUCGUGAUAAAUAGUGGCGGCGGAGACGGUGGGGUGAAGAAUUGGAUAUCGCAGGGGUUGGUGGCGGACGUCGCGGUGGUGGUUGCGGAUCUGCGCGUCGGCGGGAAAUCGAGGGGACCGCACGGAUUUCUAGUGCGACUGCGACAGGGGAUGACGCGACGGUUGACGCGAGGGGUGAGCGUCGGGGAUAUGGGGAAGAAGACGACGGGUAAUGAUCUCGAUAACGCGUGGAUUCGAUUCGAUGACGUCGCGGUGCCGCACGACGCGUUGUUGAGCAAAUACGGCGGCGUCGAUCGAAAGACGGGCGAGUACGUGACGAAGAAGGAGGGCGUUCGAACGAUGGACAUGAUCGGGCAGCGAUUGUACACCGGACGCGUCGCCGUCGCGCAAGCCGCGUUGGUGUUCGUGCGAAGGCUUCUCGACGACACGAAGAGGUACUCGGAUCAAAAGAUGUGCACCAUGCGCGGGGCGUCGCCCGCGCUCUCCGACGUCCCGCAGUUACGCGCGCUGUAUCAAGAGGGAUACGCGACGCUCGAUAGGUUGGAUGCCUACGUCGCGGGGUGUGAAAAAGAGUUGUGUACGCAUUUACGCGCGAAAACCAUCCCGAGCGCUGCUUUGACGCAGGCGAUCGCCGUGGCGAAGAUCAAGGCUGUGGAGACCGCCAUCGAUCUCGCGUUUCGGUUAAAGCAAGAGGUGGGAUCGUACGCCCUCAUGAGCGGUACCGGAUUCGACAACACUGAUUUUCUUCAGUGCUGCAAGUUUGCCGAGGGCGACAGUCGCAUUCUCUCGCAAAAACUCGCGCGAGAUUGCUUCACCGCGUUUCAACAGAACGAUCUCGAGAGCGCGACUGGGGUGAAAUCAGAAAUCGAGCUCGAUCUGUGUCAGCGAAUCGAUGAGGUCAUAAAGGACGCCCGCCGAGCGAAUCCGAGAAUCGACAAAAUUGAGGCUUGGGACUGCGCGUGGAGGGACGUCUAUCGCCUCGCUGAGGUCAUGUGCGAACGCAUCAUGCACGAGAGAGCGUUCAAAGCCGAGACGCAUCGAUCGAAACUGUAA